ACUAAGCAAGUGCUCUGCCACCGGCCUAUACUCCCAGCCCUGCACAUAGCUCUUUAUAAGAACUUGGAAAAUCACUUGAGGCCAUGCAACACUCUCAUUGUUCAGGCUGCUUUGUGUGGAUAGUGGCAAGGUGGUAUAAAAAGGAAUAUUUAAUGAGCUCCAUAUGCAUGGAUGACUUUGAGUUAUUAUUUCCAGUUUCUAUUUCCUUGUAACAUAUAUGGUAAAUUGCCGAGAUCCAAGAAUCCUCCUCUGUGUUAUGAGCCAAAACACAUGAUCAGGUUACACCUGCUUGGCUUAUACUACCUUGGAAACCACUAGACUCCAUUUUCCUGUGCUUCAAGAACUAGUUCUCUCUGCGGGAAAGAAUGAAAUCGAUUCAUGCUUAUUAAAAUCAAAUCAAUAACCAAGCAAUUCUCUUCUAAAUCUCCACAUCUGUCACAAAAGAAUCUUGCAAGACUGUCAUGAGUUGGAUGCUUCUCAGAGACCUCCUAAGUGGAGCAAAUAAAUAUUCAACUGGGAUUGGGCGCAUUUGGCUGGCCAUUGUAUUCAUCUUCCGUUUGCUUGUCUACAUAGUGGCAGCUGAACACGUGUGGAAGGAUGAGCAGAGAGAGUUUGAAUGCAACAUUAGACAGCCUGGUUGUGAAAAUGUGUGUUUUGAUUACUUCUUCCCCAUUUCCCAGAUCAGACUUUGGUCCUUACAGCUGAUCAUGGUCUCCACACCUUCUCUUCUGGUGGUUCUCCAUGUGGCCUACCGUGAGAGUAGAGAGAAAAGGCACAGAAAGCAGCUCUAUGUCAGCCUGGGAACCAUGGAUGGGGGUCUGUGGUACACUUAUCUGAUCAGUCUCAUUGUUAAAACCGGUUUUGAAAUUGGGUUCCUUGUUUUAUUUUAUAAACUAUAUAAUGGCUUUAGUGUUCCUUUUCUUAUGAAGUGUGAUUUGAAACCUUGUCCCAAUACUGUUGACUGCUAUAUUUCGAAACCCACAGAAAAAACCAUUUUUACUUUCUUCUUGGUCAUCACCUCAUGUUUAUGCAUUAUGCUGAAUUUCACUGAACUAAGCCUUUUGAUUCUCAGGUACUUUAUUAAGUGCUGUCUCCAAAAACAUUCUAAAACAUUCAAGUCCUCAGUGUGUGAGUGCCAUAGCCUCGGGUACACUGAAUGUGGUGAGACUCGGGCUCCUCAGCUACUCCAGAAUCAUGGCCCUAGCUUUGACACAGAUAUACCCCCAAAAGGUGAAGCAAAGCUACUUUGUGACACAGAGGAGGAUUAACAAAGAAAAUCUGCACCUCUCCAUGGCAAGAACUAAACAGGAUUCACUGGUUGUAGGGCUCUAUUAUGUGGAUACACAAGUUGUUUUUUUGAUUAAUUACAAAUUAAACAAAUACAAUUAACAUUCUUUCAAGAGUUUAGAUGAUAGAAAAAAAAUUGUUAGUUCUCCAUUUUUUGUUACUAUCUCAUUACAAUUCAUGUCAGUGAACUCAACAAAAAAGUGACCCUUCUGCUAAAUAUGGUGGCCUUUAUAUUGCCUUGGAAGCUGUGGUAGUCUUUCCAAAGUGGCAGCCAAGGCUCUUUGUAUGCAGUCUUAACCUUUAUAGAGAAAGAUUAUGGUAUAUCAGUUAGCUGGGGCCACAUAGACCAGCUUUCAAAGACUCAGUACCCAGGACUCUGCACUUUAGGUAUAACUGGAUAUACGCAGACUUGGGGAGAGGGAACAAAGCCAUGAUUUAAGAGGUGUCCAAGUAAAAUGCAAAUAGUACUGAGAGAUAUACUUAAGUCUCAACCAGCAGGUGUAACCCUAGAGUCAUGAAGGAAUAGAGGUCCUACAAAGAGUAGCACACUGAGAACAGAAGAGGACACAGAAACAAUGUCUACUUGAUAAUCACUAAGCAAUUCUCUUUAACAACAGAAACAUGGAAAUGUGUUGUAAAUUUUGAUAUUUGUGGAUCUUUUCAUAAUCAGUAAUUUAAGAUGUACUAUAACACAACUUGCCUCCAAUGCUGGGUGUGGUAGUACUUCUCUAGUACAAAAAAGUCUAGUAUAGAGUAAAUGAUUUUUUAAAAGUUUACUAUCACUUGUUUUGAAAACUAGAACCUUGUUGUACUUUUGUGUAAAACUCACAAUGUCUCUGGCUUUAUAAGUGUUUCUCUACAAUAAAAUGUUAUUCUGUGAUGCU